GUUUCCAUAGCAAAGACUCACCCCCCGAUCUGCUAAUGACUGACCUCAUAUUCAUCUUGUUUUGAGAGCUGCGUUGUCACAAACAGAGAUCGUCGGGCUAGAGUUGUACGUGUAUCAGAAGCACUCAACGAGCCCACCCUCCCUUGCCCUUUUAUACACCUACCGUCCAGAUAUCUCGAUCUCGGCUUGCAGUAUCACAAAUUCCAGGUCAAAUCCGACUGGGCAUCAAGCUGGGCUGCCAACACAUAGAGCUUAGCUCGUCCUUGUCAACCUCCUUUCUGCUCCUCACACAUGGUCGUCGGACCUUUCUUGUCGGAGCCACGCAUACCCAUUCUCGUUCAUUCUAGUUCCAACGACUUCAUAUCAGAAGUACGACGCCACUGCAUCUGCCCCGGAUUAGCGAGCGAGGAAUCUAGUGACCCAGGGUCAAAGCAUACCCUGUUACCUAACGACCAUAUAUCCCAUCGCCCGUUUUUAUCAUCAUGGAAAAGAUCACCGACAAGAUCGCGGCGCUGCCGCCAGGGACCGACUACUUCUCCCUCGAAUUCUUCCCCCCGAAGACGGCCAUGGGUUUCUCAAACCUUCGAGAUCGCCUCGACAGGAUGGAGAGGGCCCUUCGCCCUCUGUUUGUGAACGUCACAUGGGGUGCUGGCGGCUCCACGGCCGACAAGUCUCUCGAACUCGCCGAGAUUUGCCAGCGCGAACUCGGCCUCACCACCUGCCUACACCUCACAUGCACGAACAUGAGCCGCCGCAUGAUUGACAAGGCCCUCGAGGACGCCAAGGUCCUCGGAAUCCGCAACAUCCUUGCCCUGCGUGGCGAUCCUCCUAGGAACGCCGAGUACCGGGACUCGGACGACUCCGAUGCUGACGAUGGCGAAGAGUUCAGCUGGGCCAUAGACCUUGUCGAGUACAUCAGGAAGAAGCACGCUGAUUACUUCUGCAUCGGUGUCGCCGCCUACCCCGAGGGUCACGCCGCAGAGAGUCAUCCUUUGGGCCAGAGUCUCGAGCACGACUUGCCCUACCUAGUCGACAAGACCCAAGCCGGCGCCGACUUUAUCAUGACCCAGCUAUUCUUCGAUAUUAAGGCCUAUGAGAACUUCGAAAGGACCCUGAGAGAACACCCGAGCGGCGCCUUCAAGACCAUACCUAUCAUCCCGGGUCUGAUGCCCAUCCAGAGCUACCAGAUGAUUAAGCGAACCACCAAGCUAAGCCACGCCAGCAUUCCCGACCACAUCAUGGCUCGCCUCGAUGCCGUCAAGGGGGACGACGAGAAGGUCAAGCAGGUGGGUGUUGACAUCCUUAGCGAGCUGGUGGAGCAAGUCAGGGAGGUAAAAGGUCGCCGCCACGGACCUAGAGGGUUCCACUUCUACACCCUGAAUCUCGAGAAGGCCGUGUCUUUCAUCCUAGAGCGCACCCACCUCAUUCCGGAUAAAGAUGAGGAGAACGAAGAGGCCGUCGUCGACGACGAGGCGCAGCCUCCAGCACCAGCACCAGCACCAGAACCAGAACCAGCGGCAGCGGCAACAGUUCCGUCCGUCCAGAUCAACGGUCUCCUCGAAACACCGCGCGGGGACCGCUCCUCCCGUCGCCUAUCCUCCAUCGGGUCAGAUCCGCGAAAUCACGUCAUCGUUUCGAGAGCGUCCAACCCGGAUUACGAAACCACGGCCGCUCUCGCCGGUAUCCCCGCCGAACCCGUCAACACGCGUGCCAACACCCUCGCCAUCUCGGAGGGCGAAGGUGCCCUCGGCCGCGAAGCCACCUGGGACGACUUCCCCAACGGCCGCUGGGGCGAUGCCCGGUCCCCGGCCUACGGCGAGAUCGAUGGCUACGGCGUGAGCCUGCACAUGUCCGUCACACAAGCUGUACGGCUCUGGGGCCACCCGACCGCCCCCGCGGACAUCAGCGACCUGUUCAUCCGCCACGUGCGCGGCCAGCUGAGCGCCAUCCCCUGGAGCGAGGAAGGCCUGCUGCCGGAGUCGAACGUCAUCCAAGACCAGCUCGUCCAGCUCAACGCCCGCGGGUGGUGGACCGUCGCCUCGCAGCCCGCCGUCAACGGCGUGCCGUCCAACCACCGGACCUUCGGCUGGGGCCCGCGGAACGGUUUCGUCUUCCAGAAGGCCUUUGUGGAGUUCUUCGUCCCCUCGGCCGACUGGGCCCGCCUGAGCGGGACGCUACGGACCGACCCGGCCGUGUGCUUCUACGCGAGCAACUCGGCCGGCGAGUUCGAGUCGUCCGACACCAGCGGCGGGAUCGCGGGCCAGGAGGCGACGGGGGCGAGCACGAACGCCGUGACGUGGGGCGUUUUCCCGGGCAAGGAGAUCGUGACGCCCACCAUCAUCGAGGAGGUGAGCUUUCGGGCGUGGAGCGACGAGGCCUUCAAGAUCUGGGGCGAGUGGGCGCGCGUCUACGGCAAGGGCCACCCGAGCGAGGCGUUUUUGCGGCGGGUCAGGGGAGAUUACUGGCUGGUGAAUCUGAUUCACCAUGACUUUGUUGAGCCCAACGCGCUCUGGGAGCUGUUGUUGAAGAGCUGAGCGAGGAGAGGAGAUGGCCACGUUACCAACGAAAAAUGGGGAAUUGAGGAAGUGAGAAUGAGACAACCUUGUCGACGUGGUGACUAUACUGCCGUGGCAUAGGGUCGAAGCGAAUAAUCAUACGAAUGCAAAUGCAUCGUCGCGGGAAUUUCAUGUCCGAGGCAUUUGAGAGUGAAUGUCCAUGUUGGUUUCCUUUCCGAUGGUUGCAAUGCGCCUUGCGUCUGCCAGUAGCUACUUAUGGAGGAAAGCCGAAGAAGAAAUGAAGGAGAAAAGCAAAGAAUGAAAAGCAAAAUGGCCUCCGUUGUUUUCCGAUUUUCCGACCGUCUGUAAUCACACACCUAUUACCACCCCUUAUCUGUUUCCCUCGAAAACCUCUCUCCAUAGGUCGAAGGCAAAUCUCGAAGUGGAAUUGACAAAAAGAGAGAGAAGACAAGAAUAGGAGAAUCCUAACCCCAAACGCCCCG